AUGGCUACAAUUGCACCACCUCUUCACAGAGGCAUGGUAAAACUUGAGCGAUCAGCUUUUAACAAAGUCGUCGAAAUGCUAGCAAUCAAAGUACCUACUAAAAAAGUGGGUGUUGUUAUGAAGGACUUUUCAAAAGAUCUUUUUAAUCAGCCUAGACUUCGAAAUGUCGAGCCUGAUCCAGAAUCAAAAGAUUCAAAAUUAGUUUUAUUAAGACUAGAUUUGGAAUCGAUUGGUGAUCUAUCACAAGAUAAAUUAGAUGAAAUUAGAAAAAACGGCUUUGAAGUUGUUAAGCAUCAUAUUGAAUUAGAUUACGAUUAUUGGACUACAGAACAAAUUUUGCAUGCUGUCAUACCAGAGAAUUUAACUGAUGUUCCUUCUUCCUUUACACAAAUUGGACAUAUCGCCCAUAUGAAUUUGCGUGAAGCGUAUUAUCCAUGGAAGCAUUUGAUCGGACAAGUUAUUUUAGAUAAAAAUAAGAAUAUAACAACAGUUGUUAACAAGACAGAUAAUAUUGAUACGACCUUUAGAUUCUUUAAAAUGGAAGUCUUGGCUGGAGAGGAUAAUAUGAUAGCAGAAGUGAGAGAGAAUGGAUGUAGAUUUAAAUUUGAUUUCUCUAAAGUCUAUUGGAACUCAAGAUUACAUACUGAACAUGAACGUUUAAUUGAAUUAUUUCAACCUAAAGAAUAUAUUUGUGACGUAUUUGCUGGUGUAGGUCCAUUUGCUUUACCUGCCGCUAAAAAGGGAUCUAUCGUUUAUGCAAAUGAUCUUAAUCCAAAUUCAUAUGAAUGGAUGAAGACGAACAUUAAAGCUAAUAAGAUUACUUCAGGAAUUUACCCCUAUAAUUUAGAUGGUAGAGCCUUUAUUCGACAAGCAGUAAAAGACUUGCAAGCAUUAGAUACAUCAAAAUGGAAGACAUUUGAUCACUUUGUUAUGAAUCUUCCUGCUACAGCAAUUGAAUUCUUGGACACUUUUCGAGGAUUAUAUCAUGAUAAAAAGGAAUUGUUUGAUAAUACAGAAAAUGCAAAAUUACCUAUGAUUCAUUGUCAUUGUUUUACAAGAAGUUCUAAUGCUACAGAAGACAUUUUAGAAAGAGUGAGUCAAGCAAUGAAAGGAAGUCGACCUGAUCCAUUAAAGACUACACUUCAUUGGGUUAGAAAUGUAGCACCAAAGAAAGAUAUGUAUUGUAUUUCAUUUCCCUUAAGUUCAGAGAUAGCAUUUGCAUCCCCAACAACUAUAAACAAGUAA